AUGACUCUCGAUAUCGCACAGGUCCGGUCUCGCUUUCCUGCACUGAAGCAGGAGCAGGUCUUCCUGGAUAAUGCAGGGGGUAGUCAAGUACUGGACACCGUGAUUGAGUCCAUUGCAUCUUACCUCACAAACACCAAUGUCCAAUUGGGGGCAACAUACAAGACCUCCAAGCUGUCCACUGCUGGAUUUGCGAAUGGCUACGAAGCAGCGGCGAAGUUCAUCAAUGCAAAGCCCGAGGAGACCUGUCUUGGUGUAUCAACUACACAACUACUGCACAAUCUCUCCACGGCAUUGAAGUUCCAGCCAGGGGAUGAGCUCAUUCUUUCGAAAUUGAACCACGAGGCCAAUUCCGCCGCCUGGGUCAGAAUCGCAGAACGACUAGGUUUAGAGGUGAAAUGGUGGUCCGCUUCCAACCCUCAGAAUCCUGUCUGCGAUCCGAAUGACUUGAAGCAGUUAAUCUCGGAGAAGACGAGACUAGUAGCUUGCCCGCAUGCAUCGAAUAUACUUGGAUCUAUCGUGGAUGUUAAGGAGAUUGCGAAGAUCGUGCAUCAAUACCCUCGGGCCCUUCUCUGCGUGGACGGCGUUGCACUUGCGCCCCAUCGACAAGUCGAUGUCAAGGAUCUUGAUGUCGACUUUUACGCCUUCUCAUGGUACAAGGUCUAUGGACCUCACAUCGCGCAGCUGUAUGCCUCAUCACGCAUUCAUGAUCAGAUCGACACCCUAGGACAUUUCUUCAAGGGCACGGACACCCUCGACUUGAAGCUCAACUUGGCAUCCGCCAAUUAUGAGCAUGUUCAGAGCAUUCCACGAGUAGUCGAAUACUUCGAGCCUGAUGUAUCUGCAUCAUGGGAAAAGAUUGCCGUCCAAGAGGAAAGACUGCAGCAGAUCAUCUUGGAUUUCCUCAAUGGUAAUGAUCGGGUCACUGUCUACGGAGAGCGCUCUGCGGAUAAGAACCUCCGUGUCCCUGUGAUUAGUUUCACGGUGCGGGGUACGAAAAGCCAGAAGUUGGUAGAAGAGGUUGAAAAGCGAUCUGCGUAUGGGUUCCGAAGUGGCCAUAUGUACAGUCAUAGAUUGAUCAAGGAUAUCAUUGGCUUGGAGGACGUUGAGGAUGGAGUUGUGCGGAUCAGUAUGUUGCAUUAUAAUACAGAGGAAGAGAUGACCGGUUUGGUCAAGGUUUUGGAGGAGGUUAUUGCGACAUUGUAG